AUGGGUCAAGACCAGUCGCGCCAAGAAAAAUUUUUCGAUGCUUGCAGUUAUGGGAGGGAGUGGUUAGUUAAAGAAAUGAUAGCGGAAGGCAUAGAUGUUAAUUGGAAAUCUAAUAUCCAUGACUGUUGUCCGAUUCAUGCAGCUUCCCAAGGCAAACCAGACAUUGUCCGCUUAUUAAUACAGGCCCAAUGCGUUGUGGAUGCCAGAGAUAUAAAUGGCAAUACUGCUCUUCACCAUGCAGCCUUGUCUGGACACGUUGAGUGCGUAAAGGUGCUCCUGGAAGCUGGUGCAUCAGUUAAUGUAUCAAAUAAUCAGUUUUGGACGCCGCUCACAAAUGCAGCUUACUGGAAUCAACCGGAGGUAAUGAAGCUUCUUCUUGAAAGGGGUGCCGACCCCUUUUGGAAAAACAAGGACGGCCGCAAUCCGUUGCAUGAACUGUGCCGUAGCAAGUCGGAGAAAAAGGAUGACCUUGUUAUCUGCCUACGCCUCUUGGUAACUCGUAUGAGGGAGUUGGAGAUGGUAUCCGAUUCGGAGAAAACGAAAGCGGUUACACAAAACGGUCACGUAGACUCCGUAGCCCCUGGAGGAACUGGGAAGAUGCAGCACAGACAGGUGAUGAUGUUGACGGAUUGGAUACCCUUAAAACCUGGUGACUCUUCCAUCGAACUUCGCUCCUCACCCACCAACGCGUGGGACUCCGAGGAUGAUUGCUACAGUCUCCUGCUUUGGUUUUACGCCUUCAGGGAUGCUCUGCCAGCGGAAAUGCAUAAGCUGGACGGCGUGGAUCCUUCUCAAAAGAAGGGCCAUUCCACCGUUUGGCAUACUUAUCAUCUGAUUGUUUUGAAAGACGCGGAUCUUUACUGA